AUGUCUAGACACAUUUCGAAAUUUACCACCCUUCUUAUCGACGAAAUCUUUGGAUCACUGGCGUCCGAAAUAUACCAAACCCUCCUCGUCCACGGAAGAUGCACUCUCGGCGCUUUAGAAGCUCGGACGAGUCUGGAGACCUCCGAAUUACGCCAUGGUCUUGCUGUCUUAAUCCAGAAUACUUUUGUUCAUUGGCGUGAUCGUCGCCUUAAGGAACCGCCAGCAUUUGAGGCGAAUGUUGACGCUCCUUACAACCUCUCCCGAUAUGGUAAAUGGGUUCAGAUGUCAGAAGAGAGAUACAGCCCAUUGGCGGGUCAGAUAGUUUCGAAGCUUCUGUUCAUGGGUCAUGCGCGAAUUCCAGAUCUCAUUGCGGCGCUAAGCGCAAAUAAUGUCGGUGUUUCAGGGGCUUCAUCAGCCAAUGCUGGGGCAAAGCUUCCGAACGGAACCGGUAUCCAUAGCCUCAAGACGAACGGGCGCAUUCUUCAUGAGAGCGAUACCACUAUUCACAGAAUACAUCAGAGUCUAUCUGACUUGCGGGAGGCUGGUCUCAUUAGCAUAUGCCACCCCUCACACUUUCGGACCUACGCAGACAACCGAACUGCAGCGGAGGAUGUUACCCCAAAGAUUGAUUCGUUCACGCAAAAAACAAAAGCAGAGAGACAAGCCGCAUGGGAGGCUGCUGUACAGCAAAAGCUAGAUGAAUGGAGGUAUGGGACAACCGACGAACGAGCACAAAUGGCAAGGCUGCACAAAGGGCCAAAGCGUCAGCGCGACGAUACAGAGUCUUCUAUCUCGAAUAAGCGUGCCCGCCUCGACAGUGGGUACAAUGGGGCUUCUGUCAUUGAAGGAAACGUUCAGGGUGGACUGGAUUCAUGGUCGUCUGGUUUGAGCAAGUCCGAACCUGCCUUUCGUGUCAACCACAUCAAAAUGACGGUCCUUUUCCGCAACCGGCAACUUGUGAGAUUGGCCAAGGAGAGCUUAUGUAGUGCCACUUCGAAGAUUUAUGAGAAGGUGCUCAGCCUUAGUGAGAAUCACGUACGGGAAUGUAGAGACAAGGCCAGCCAUGACAAGAGUGGUGAGAUUGGUGACGAACAUAUACAAUAUUUUACUACUCCGUACAUGACAACAGAAGAGGUUGCACGAGCUGUCCCUGACUCUGCAGAUCUCAAAAAUGCUCUAGGUUUUGUUGGAAAUCAUGCGUCACACGACGAGGAUAUCGACCAUCCUAAGAAAAAGCGCAGGAGGAAUACACCUCAAUCAGAGGAGCCCAGCAAGUAUGAAGCAGAAUCGGCAGGGGAAGACGAGGACGGACAAGAUGCCAUUUCUGGCUCUGAUGUGUCAAGCGACGCUUCUUUUGACUCGGACGAUAGCGAUGAGGAAAUGGCAGCUGCUCAAUUCAAUUCGAUCAACGGAGCAUCCGGACACAUUGGCCUUACCUCGCACCAAAUGAUGAUUCGAUCACACCUGCUACUUCUGGCUCAACAUCCUUAUGGUUUCCUAAGUCACUUGCGUGAGACGAGUACUGGUGAAGGUUGGAAUAUCAAUUUCCCCCAAAUUAGGGAAAAGCUACAGAAGCAUACUAUUAAUCAAACUAUAUCUUCUCGGUAUGGAACUCGGUCGGUACGUCUAGCCAGCAUUCUGGCUGAAAACGGAAAGCUUGACGAGAAAACGCUCUCGUCAAUGUCAUUGAUUCGAGAGAAGGACAUGCGAAAUCUGAUAACGCCAAUGCACCAAAGCGGCCUUAUUGAAUUGCAGGAAGUUCCCCGUGACAACACUCGAAUAGCAACGAAAACGAACUUUCUUUUCUUCUUCGAUCUUGAUCGAUGUAUAAGUAAAAUCACUGGAAAUUGCUACCAAACAAUGACUAGGCUUUUGGAACGAGUAAGAAUUGAGAGAGAAAAGGUUCAGGGUGUGUUGGAGAAAGCCAGCCGUAGCGAUGUUGUGGGUAGGGAGGAGCGAAUGCUUAAUAAGGCAGAACAGGAAGCCCUGAAGCAGUGGAAGGUCACAGAGGAAAAGUUAAUGGGCCAGCUAGGAAGGAUUGACGACACGGUGGCCGUCUUGCGAGACUUUUGA